CAAAAGCCUUAUAAAAAAUGGACGCUAGGAUUCAAAAACUGAAAUAGUUGGUUUUCAAAAAUUUUACAAUAUCCGGACCGUAACAAUACCGUUUUCUCUACACCAUUCGAUGAGCCUUGUCAAUAUCUACAACUCUUGUUAUCACAACUUUUUAAUAGCUUUUUGUUUUUGCACACUCUUAGACGGUUUUGUGUUCGAAAAAUUCAAAGAUUUCAUUUUGAUCCUCAAAAUGAAUUUUAAGAAAAUGUUCGGAAUUCUAAUAAAUAAAGACACAUAAACAUGCAUAUACCUCUAGACAGUUUUGCGUCUAAUGGCUGUUCGAUUUGCGUGUUCUUAAAGCACCAACGAGUUUUUUUUUCUAUUACUUUGGUAAAUAAAAGCGUCUUUUAAACAAG